AUGAUUGAUUCCAUUCCUUCGGCGGUGGUGUCGUCGCCCAUCCCAUCGGACAAAAAUGUUUGGAAAAAGAAGUCAUUUGCUGAGGUGCUUGUUGAUCGCUCUGGUCCUUCCCUAUCUGUGAAGAAUCCGUUGAGAUUUAAAGGUUUACGAGUCAUCAAUUUUCUGGAUGAAAAGAUUCAAGUUUAAAGGUUUACCAACCAUCAACGAUCCCUAGUUGGCAAUUUUUUCAAAGGCAGACCUAGUAUGUUGAUUAUCCACAAAUCUUUUGAGGUAAUCGGAUUUAGUGGAGUGUUCCAUCUAGGUUUGCUUGAUCCUAAACAUAUUUUAAUUCGAUUUGAAUUGGAUGAGGAUUUUUUUGCAUUGUUGGAAUAGAGAAACUUGGUUUAUUCGAGGUAGGGGUGGACUCGGGUCCGGGCCGGGUCCGGGUCGGGCCUAGGCCCGGCCGGGCCGGCGGUUCAAGAAUGGUGGACCCGGGCCCGGCCCGGGUAGCCACCGGGUCCGGUCCGGGCCUCCGGGUUGGAAUUUUUUUUUUUUUUUUUUGCUUUCCUAACCCCCCCCCCCUCCCUCCUCCCAAACCCCCCCAAACCCAUCCUACGGUCCUACCCAUCAAGCCCAACCCGGGUGGAAGCCCAAAAAUGAAAAAAAAAUAAAAAAAAAAUCAAUUUGGCCCGGGCCCGGGCCCGACCCGGCCGGGCCGGUUCACCAAAAUUCAGACCCGAGCCCGGACCCGCCCUACCCCCGGGCCUAGGCCCGACCCGGACCCGAGAACCGGGCCGGUCCCGGUCCUGCACAGUAGCGGGCCGGGCCGGUCCACGGGCCGGGUGGCCCGACCCGAGUCCAAGCCUAAUUCGAGGUAGUAUGAUGCAUGUAACUAAGUGGACUUCGGAUUUUCGAUCUAAUGUGGAGUCUCCGGUGGUUCCCGUUUCGAUUGCUUUUGAGGGAAUGUCAUUCAUCUCCGGGAGAAAAGGGCGUUGUUUGAUAUAGCAGGUUUAAUAGGCAAGCCCUUAAAGAUAGAUUCUGCUACAUCCAACCUAUCUCGUCCUUUAAUUGCACGUAUGUGCGUGUGUUGAAUUAGACUUUGACUCAAGAAAUACCGCAACAAAUAUGGCUUAAAUGUGGUUCCACACGCUUUUGCCAACAUGUAAUUUAGGAAGACAAGCCUGAAUAUUGCAAAUCAUGCUCUACAUUUGGGAUAUUCUGCUCCAAAAUGCCCCAAGAGAAAUAUGAAUCAGGCUAUCCCUCAACCUCAGACCACAACUCAGAUUACUAUAGGAGAUCAAGGUAAAGAAAAUCAACCUGCAGGGGUUACAAAGGAUAAAUGGGUUGCUAAACAAACAUUACAGAUUACAAAUGGGGAAUCAGGCAAAGGUAUUAUGAAGGAUUCAUUUCCUUCUACAUCUAAGCCGAGAGAUCUUGAUAUCCAUCAGCCUUCUGCUUCCAUCCUUAAAGAUGAUUCUGGCCCAGUACUAAUGGACAUCCAGGAUAAUAAAGACACUGAGGAAGUGUAUUAUGACCCAAAACCAGAGCCUGGUACACAUAAUGACAAUUUGUUAGACAAUGAAAAUAAUUCGGUGGAUAAUGCUCUUUCUGGAAUCUCUCUUACCAACAACAGAAAGGUGGGAUCUUCAGUGGAUGAUUCUCAACUUCAAGUGCUUCACCAAGAGCUGGAAUUUGACCCUGAAAUUGCAGGCAAAGAUUAUUCAUCUGAUGGUGGUAAUCCUAAACAGAGGGAAGAUAUCCAGUCAUGGAAGGAAGCUCUUCCAGAUAUCAUAAAAAGGGUGAAUUUUGUGGUUAAGCAGAAAGAAAAACAGGAAGCUAAUAUGGAGGCCAAUAUCAGUAAUCCUUCAGAUGAAGAGGCAAGAUUCAUGGUGGUUACAAGGAAAGGCUUAUUAGGAAGUUCUUAGGUAGCAUCAAGUCACAACAUGCUUUUCUGCCUCGGAUUCUCCCACUAAGGUGUGGCUCAAUGUGUUUCUCCUGCAAUGGGUAUCUAUAGAACUUUGAAACCUUACAUCUCUUGUGCAAUCUUUAGGAGUUCAUACAUUGUGAAAAUUCCAGAUAUACUAUCUAUAAUGGCUAUGAAAGUUUGAGAUGCAAAUGAUGAAGCUCUGUUGAUCAUACUUGAUUCAAAAAGGGUUUUUCCCGUUCAGGUUAUACACAUUAGCAAGUCUUAUUCUGUUCGGGGAUUGUAAUCAAACGCAUCUAUGGUCUUUACACUUCAUAAUGUUAUAAAGAUGGUGGCUUUUUUCAGGUAGAACUUGAAGGUUGCUGCCACCGCCCGUUGCUUCGGGAGGAUCGAAGGGAGAAGACGUGGUUCGUGCUUCUUCCGUUUCUGUUUUGGGAAAACAAUUUAAAACAAUGCUCAUGGAUAAUAUUUUCUGAAUAAUUACUUUGGGGGCUUGCAUGCCUAAUUAUGCCAAGUGUGGCUUGAACACUUGUAUCAACUGUUUCCGCUGCUUUAAUAAAUGUUUUACAUUAUGUUUGUUUAUG